UUUUUGUGUUUUUUUUUUUUCGUUUUUUGCAUCUUCUGGUAUAUUGUAUUUGAUAAUGUGACGCCAAAUAUAGAAGUUAUGGACACUGUGACACUACUUUUGGAUCAACCCUCGUACCAUUUUUUGGCAAACAACAUAAAGUUGAACCUUGUGUUACGUUUUUUUUAGUGUUUGACAAAAUUUAUGUUCGGGUAAUACAAGUUUAUGAGGUCAAUAACCUACUGUAAAACACAUUAUAUCCAACCUGAUGAAUAAUUUGUAAGACCUUGGGUUCUAACAAUAGAUAUCAAAGCUCGUAUACCUACAAUUUAAAAGGAAUUAUAACCUUGCUACAGGCCAUAAACUUUGGUCAGUGUGUGAUAAAAUGAAUAUUAUCUGAUCAGCAUCAUCUACACUCUUUAUGUUUUUUUCUCCUAUAGGCGAAGAUGGGGCUUCUUGGUGAUAGAAAGAAAAAGAAUACGAAGGGACUGCACGCACUCGCCGAAGGGUCACUAUCCUUAGCGAGAGCACAUGCCGUCCUGAAUGAAACUGAGAAGAGUUUGGAACACGAAAUAGAGCGAGAAAACAGAAAACCACCAAAAUCAAAAAUUGGAAAAAUUCGAUACAAAGGAGAAAAGUUUAUGCACACAAAAUGGGUUCUCCUGGCUAUAGUACUCCUCAAUAUAGUGGACUGUAUUCUGGUGAUGGGGGAACUUAUACUGGAUAUAUACUACCUCAAAGGUGUUGUUGAUCACGGCGAAACUGAAGCUCUGAAAUUCGUCACCAACAUGAAAGCUCAGUAUCCCGAAGUUCUGGAGAAUUACAAGUACGACUAUGCUGAACUGGACAAUCUUCAUAGGAAAAUCUUAUUGGCUCAAGUAGAUUUCAACAGCGCAUACAGACCCAGGAGGGCGACGGAAACAACGGUUACCAUGACAACAUCAACCCCAAUGUUGACCACAUUGUUGACAAACGAUAUAACAACCACUACUUUUGCAUCUUCAACGAAUUCUGACAGAAGAAAAAGAGCAGCCGAAUCACCGAAUCAUGUCAACAAAACCGGAAGUGACAUAGAGGAGAACCAUGAUUUUGAUCAUCAUCCUAUCGAAGUUGACUUGGCACACUAUUUUCAUUAUUGCAGUAUUGCUAUUUUGGCAGUUUUAGCUGUGGAGAAUAUACUAAAGGCGUUCAGCAGUGGAAAGGAGUAUUUCGAAAACAAACUCGAGGUAUUUGACGGUUUUAUAGUGGUGGCUUCCUUUAUCGUGGACUUGGUUUUUAUUAAAGGGCUGAGUGCGUACAAAGUUCAGAAGUUUGUGGUUAUUCUGGCCUUUUUGGUUCCGUGGCGAGUUGUUCGAGUGGUCAACAGUCUGGUUGUGGCUGUAAUCGACCACGAGCACUUCCGGAUGAAGUUGAUGUACAAACAGAAGAAACAAAUCGCUGCCGAACUUAAAGCUGCAAAAGCAAACACUAAAGAUUUACAGAUUUGCUUCGAAGCAAUGCGAAAGCUUGCCUCAUCUGCAGGUGUGUCAGCAAAGGAAAUUGACGCCAUAAAUGCUCUGCACCCGGAUGCAAAAUCAAAGAAGAAAGGGUUAGCAGGGUUCGCAUCGUCUUUUGCUAAACAGAGUAUCCACAGACAGAUUUCUAGCAGUUCAUUUGGAAGCAGCUUAACCGUAGACAGCAAUGUCCCCAAUUAUAACACAGACACCAACGGGGCAGACAGCGUAAACCAUUUUUAGGAAGUCGAAUGAAAAAGAAAAUGUUUCUUGAUUGUUUGAUUUGCAUAAAACUUGAUACUUAAAACGAAUAUGGAAAAAAAAAACUUACGUGUAUACUCGAAAGCUCACUUCUUUAUCUGCAAAUAAAAGCAUUUUGUUGUGUUAUUAGAACUAAUUACAUGUACCUGCAAGUAUAUUUUUAGUUUUAUUUGAUGCCAUUUAUUCAUAUUUUAGAGCAUGUUGAUAUUAAAACUACAUUAGUUUUC